ACAAGAUCUUGAGGUGAUAUUAUUCUUGGGUACACGAGUUAUAAAUCGUUUCUUGUGAUAUAUUUGCCUUAGAAAAGAAAAGAAUUCCUUCUUCACGAGGCCACCUUGAUAAAAGAAAUACUAAAACCAGAUAGGUGAUUUUGCGGCUGAGAGACUUAGCAAAGCAACUUAAUCAUCCAAUUAAGGAUUUGCCUAUGCCUUAGAUUCUCCACGAUACAAUAUCUAGGGACUGGCCCUUGCAUGCAAAAUCAAAACUGUUACAAUGUCAAUAAAGAUGUCGCGGAUGGUCCUAGGACUCCCUCUAAUUUUCAUUUCUUUCUUGGUCUCUCGCUCCUACUCUUGCACGAUCACCAUAACAAACAACUGCCCCCAUACCAUAUGGCCUGGGACGCUAGCAGGUUCAGGUACACCACAGCUCUCAGCAACUGGAUUUCGCUUGGACCCUGGUCAGGGCGUACGGAUUCCAACAGUUCCAGGAUGGUCAGGCAGGAUUUGGGCGAGGACUGGUUGCACAUUCGACGAAUCUGGACUUGGCUCUUGUCAAACUGGGGACUGUGGAGGAAGGCUGGAAUGUGAUGGCAUUGGAGCCACUCCACCUGCAUCACUCUUUGAGAUAACCCUUGGCAAAGGCAAUGACAAGGACUUCUACGAUGUGAGCAUCGUAGAUGGUUACAAUUUACCUCUAGUUGCCUCCCCUCGUGGAGUCCAUGGUGCAUGCAAUGCAACUGGCUGCGCUUCGGAUAUCAACAUGGGUUGCCCAAGGGAACUCCAGGUGGUAGGUCGGGAUGGUGGAGAAGGAGCGGGAGUAGUCGCAUGUAAGAGUGCAUGCGAAGCAUUUGGGCUGGACCAGUACUGCUGCAGCGGGGAGUUUGCUAACCCAACCACCUGCCGCCCUUCCUUUUAUUCAACCAUUUUCAAGCGAGCUUGUCCAAGGGCUUAUAGCUACGCCUUUGAUGACGGCACCAGUACUUUCACAUGCAAGGCUUAUGAUUAUGCCAUUGUUUUCUGCCCUAAUGCAAAUGAGAUUAGGAUAUCUGAUGGUACAAUUGGUACUACAUUCACUGCUGCAGUAAUUUACAAGCCCAACAAUGGAGAAACUGUGAAGAUGGCUUCUUCCUCUUGCAUCCUCCUACCCCUUCUAUUGUGGAUUCUUCUCUACAUCCUCAAUCUAUCCUUGAAAACUUAAGUGGCCGUCUUAAUGGCCUCGUCGGCAUGAAGCAUUCUGCAGAAUAGUUGCUCAUCAGAAUAGAUCCAACAGGUUAAGUGACAAAUUUUGCAGAAAAUACACAUGCUUUAAGGAAAAUUUAGGCUUUAUACAUAUGGAUGAGAAUCAGAAUCCACAAUGCUGAGCUUAGAGCAAGUGUUAUUCUAUCCUCAAAAUGAUAUUAAUUGAAUUGGUUCAUAGUUCUUUUAGAACGUAUGAUUCUUGGCAGUAACCGAGUUUGGUCCAAUGGAAUCAAGUUUUUCUAUUUACAUCUUUGAAGCAGCAAGUUGACAGCUUCAUUCCAGAUACAAUACACCGGUAUGAAAAGAAAAUGAACUAUAAUCAUGAACUGGAAAUUUUGAAGUAAAUUCUGGAAAGCAAACAGACCGAAUGUGAUUUCGAUUCUUCUAUCAUCAGCUAAUGUUAAUACACGCAAGAUACUAACAGAAAAAAAAAAAAAAGGAUGAAUCAUCCUGAGGUCCCUAGGGUUUGUAUAA